AUGUUGUUGCAAACUACUCUUGCCAUUACCACUCUUUUGCAGUUUGUUCUGCCGACAUCAGCUGCUUUUAUCUUCUGCGCAGGCGCCCCAGCAGAUGGCAGUUGCCCCACUGACAAAGGAGCCAAGUCAAGUUGUGAAAACAUAUGCGCCAACUGUGGGCCCAAUUGUUUUGGAGGCACGGCUAAAGACUUGGGGGCGACUUGCUGCACACAAGGGGAUGGGACAAUUAACAUCUUCUGUUUCAGAACAGGGAAGAAUAAUUGCUGA